AUGUGGAAUGACCUCCAGACGGCCACAACCGAAGUAUUGUCUCCAAAUAUUAAGAGAAUUAGGAAGGAAGUUCGUUGGCAACCCCCAGAGGCAGAUUUGGUGAAGCUGAAUUUUGACGCCUCUGUCAAUUCCCUCGAUAGAGUGUGUGGUCUUGGCAUGAUAGCUCCUAGAGCAGCUUUAAUGGCGAAUGAACUGGCUCGAGAUAACAAUUGGCAGAGGAUUGUCCUUGAAGGGGACUCGAGUGUUGUUAUCGCCGUUGUCAAAGAAUCAAAUUGCAACGCAGACUACGGCACGAUUGUUAGCGAUAUUAUCCGAAUAGGUUCUACGCUAAUGAUGUUCAAAGCACAGCAUAUUGCUCGGGAAGGUAAUAAGGCGGCGCACGAGAUAGCAAGAUUAUCGAGAAAGGAAACUUAUGACACGUUAGUAUUACCAGAUAGUAUCUGUUCUAUUAUUUCUGCGAAAUUGGCUUUAUAA